AUGAAAAAUUCCAAGACGGCGCUAGCAUUGGGUGACGACUGGUGGAAUUCUUUGAGAGGAAUGUUCGAGAACUUCACGAAUGGCGGCAACUCGGGUGACGACGACCACCUUCCUGCAGGCACCUCAGUCAUUGCUUCCAUCCCAGUCAAAUCUCUCAAGCCUGGGGGCCUCAGAUUAUUUCUCAUGUUUUAUCUGAUGGGAGAACAAAACACACCUGACAAGGGGUCUUGGAAGGCCCACCAACCUGACUCCCCACCAUCGCCCAUGGUGCCGUACUCUUCUUCCACCAUCUCUAGUCUCGAUAGCGACGAGAUCGACGAAAAAGGCGGCGACACUGAACAGUCGGUUGAGUUUGAUUCGUCGUAUGUCUUGGAAAUGUUCUACAAGGAUGCUUCUGCCAUGAUUUCCAUUGAACUUUUGCCUCACGAGGUACAAAUCAAACGAUGUGGGAGUCUUCCUUCGACAGCAUAUCUAAUGCAUGAGACUGUCCUGGUGGAGGGAAUCUUGGAUGAAUUGGCGCAAUGCGCUUUCGACGAUAGGGUGGAAGAAGCGAACCGACUACUCAUAUUGUCCGCACCAGAUAGCAUUGACAGCGCACGAUCCACACUUUCCUUUGCGUAG